GCCAAAAACAAAACUGGUGUCAUAUUGUUUCAGUGUGUUGCUGGUAGCAUAAAGCUAUGCUACUUUCUAGAGGAUGACUAGUUCAUGUAAUAUAAGGGGUUGUAAUGUAAGUGUAGGAUAGACUGUGGAUGUAAGGAGAUGCAAUGUAAGUUGAGGAUAGCCUGCAAAAUAUGUAAGGUGAUAUGGAUGCCCGGAUGUGAGCUGUGUUGGUACACCGGGAGAUCGGCCAUACAAACAUGAAUUAGUCAACUACGUCCCAGCCUCAUACCCCGUCAGAACCCCAGAGCCCUGACAGAACCUCGGACCAAUGAAAAUGUCGAAAGUUCCGAGAGCUCACGAGAUUUUUCACAACCCCGCGCUGGGCAAAACCAGCGUCUUCCAGUACAACGAGCAGGAGUCCAUGCAGAAGCUCAAACUCAACAGCAAAAAAUCUGCCACUCCCGUCUCGGGCAUGAAGAAAUUUGGGGGGUACAAGCCGAAAAUUUUGGGGGGUCAGUCCGACUUCCUAGCCCUGCAGCAAGACACAGAGAGGACGAACGAGUCGUCAGUGGUCAGUCGCGACACGUCCCCCACCAAACCCAGGCCGUGGGUGGUGGGGGACAAAAACGUCCCCAUGGUUUUGGGGACUUUAGAGGACGACGAUGAUUACGUAGAUGAAAACGGCAACAACCCAGAGAUGUACUUGAACGGUUUCGGUCGUGUCAAUGACCUGAGAGACACCGAUGACGUCAAAGAUAUCGAUGACGUCAAAGAUCUCGAUGACCACGCUCGCUCCGAGACGUCAACUCUGGUCUCCCAACACUCGGACGACCUCAGACACGGGCUGGCUAACGCCGCCUACGUCAGCAGUUCAGUCUCGGACAUCGGCUCCACGGACCACCUGCCAGCAGGCGACCUGCCAGCAGACGACCGUCCAGAGCCCAGCGGCGUGUUUAUCCCCGCCCCCGACUACGACGAGGAGGAGAGAACUCUAGACUUCAACUCCGAGGACACGGACGAGGGCGAGGACCACCAGAGGGCCAACCCCCAGCGGACAAAACCUGUGAUGAAAGUCUACGACGGCGAAGAUCUCUCUCGCUAUCUCAGCGAUGACGACGAUGAGGUAGAUAGUGAGGUACAGCUCCGCCAUAACGGGAAGUCCCACAAGGGUACGGUCAACCCAAAACAUACUUUGUUCAAACAAAGCCAGUCCAAGAGCAAGAAAACCAGGGGCGGCACCCAGGGCCACGGCAGUGUCCGCAGUUUCAGCUACGCCGAUUCCAAGUUCGGCACCAAAGGGAAGGCAUCCAGUAAAUCCCUUGUGGCUGACGCCCCUGACGACAGCCAAAGAUUCUUGACUGCUAACACUCACCAAAGCUCGUACGAGUCGUUUCUACGUUCUAGGAACGGGGACGUUUUGCCGAGUACAGAGUUGAACGACAGCGGAGUGGACAUGGGGGAGGAGUUUGGCCAGCACAAAGACGGCACGCUCUGGAAGAAGAUGACAGUCAGACUCAAAAACAGGCUUAGUAAAAGUUUGAAAGAUCAUUGAGGAUCUUGAUAGAAAGAUCACUGAGGAUCUUGCUUUGAAGCUCUUGUAACACCCCCGGCAGCCCACCUGCCAGAAGCCCUAUAACAUGUUUCUAAGGGUGGAGUAACUCAUGCUGCUAAUCUUACCGAGAUGGCCGCACUUUAAAGGGAAAUAAUAUCUGAGCAUGCCCCUCCAACAACACAAUGUUGAAGUGAUUCAUGCAGGCUGUAAUGUUGUCCAGUUCUUGUCAUGGUAAUGUUGUCCAGUUCUUGUCAUGCAGGCUGUAAUGUUGUCUAGUUCUUGUCAUGCGGGCUGUAAUGUUGUUCAGUUCUUGUCAUGCAGGCUGUAAUGUUGUCCAGUUCUUGUCAUGCAGGCUGUAAUGUUGUCCAGUUCUUGUCAUGCAGACUGUAAUGUUGUCCAAUUCUUGUCAUGCAGGCUGUAAUGUUGUCCAGUUCUUGUCAUGCAGGAUAUAAUGUUGUCCAAUUCUUGUCAUGCCGGCUGUAAUGUUGUCCACACUAAAUGGUCUCAUGUCCACAAAUGUGAAUACUUGCACGAAACCCUUCCUAUUUAUUUGAUUGCACCCACGACAUAAGUUGGAGAUCCCAAAUGUUUGGCCCACCAGAUCUUAAGUCAGCCAUGUUUCAUUCGUUAGCUAUGUAUGACAGACACAAGACAGGCUGGAGACAGGACAGACAUGAGACAAGACAGACAAGACAUAAGAGACAAUGCUGUCGCAUUGGCUGUAUGGCUGAAUUGGCUGGCCAAUAAAAUAAUACUGACAAUAUAUUGCAUGUUUAUAUGUGUAUCUAUGCUGUGUGUAAAUUUAAAAUGAAAAUCAAAGAAUGAUAUUCACCACUGGUUAUUUCAACUUAGUUCUAUGUAUAGCUGAAGCUUCUAUGUAUAGCUGAACCUUCUAUGUAUAGCUGAAGCUUCUAUGUAUAGCUGAACCACAAAAACAAUGUUCAAAAAGUGGGACAUUUUGUCCUGUGUGUUAACAUUAUUAUCUUCUACCCUAAAUUUGCAGUAGAUAUAUUUAUGAUUGACUUAUAGCAAUUUUAUACUAUGUUUUAAAUAUACAACUACGGUUAACAAAAUUUAAGUAUGAUAUUCUUGCUCUACCGAUUAACAACGUUAAUGUGACAAUUGUUAUAAACUGUAGAUGGAUAAACUUGUUAAAAUAAUUUCACGUUUUUAAAAAAAACGAGCUAAGGGAAACAACCAACGAAAUUAUUUUGUCCUAUAUUUACUCAGACAACAACAGGCUUCCUUCCCUUGAGCUUCUACACAAGACUGACCUAAGUUUUGCUUCCGCACAUUCUCUGCCCCUCCUGCCUAGUGAUUAUUUUAGUUGAAUGAAAUUUAUUAUUGAUAUAAAGCAUUUAUAAAUUGAAUGUCCUAAUAGCAUUAACUGACCACAUGGAUGUGCUGUAAUCAGCAUCUAGUUACAAUAUCAGACAAUCAGCACUUUUCCAUCAAGACAUCCCAGCCUUUUUUAUAACUUUGUAUCUAGGUUCACAAUAGCUGUUUAUUGGUGGUAAAUCAUCUAAUUUAUGACCAAAUUCUAAUGCAGUAACUCUGUUCAACUUUUGUAGAUUUUAAAAAUCUAAUCUGAUAUUAUACAAUUAGUCAUUACAAUUGAAUAUGUUCAAACGUGUAGAAGACAGGAUCUAUGUUAUGCUAUUUACACAAUCAGCUAGAUUGUCAUGUUGAACUGUUAACAUAUUUCACACCUUUGAGCAAUCACAGGCAUUUCAAAAGCCUAGUACAGCAGUCAAAGGUUUUAACUUAUGUAACAUUGGACCAUCAAUGUGACUGGACGCAAGGGUUUAAAAUUUAAGUUUUUUUUCAUACCUGUCUUAGCAUCAUUAUGAUCAUCUGUUUGUACCAUAGAAGUAAAAAAAUAACCUUUCAUGACAUUUGUAAUGGAUUGAACAUUUUAAACAAUCCACUUUAUUGUACUUUUUUUAUUAAAUUAAAAAUGUCAUGCUCAUAUAUCCUGUAUAGAGCAAGAAUGCUGAUUGAAGCUCAUGUUUAUAUGCAUAUUUCUUAACCAUCUCCAUUUUUUUAAAUAAGUCUGAACUGGUAUAAAUUGGUAACAAAUAAAAGAAAAUUUUAUCCAAGUUUA